AUUUGUCUAUGCUUCUUGUUUGCAGUGAAGAAAUCGAAUUGUAAUUGUCUUUCAUUACUACCUGGUGAUUGUGCUGAGAAGAUCUUGGGCUUUACAAGCCCUGUGGAUGUUUGUCGUUUUUCCCUAGUCUCUAAAUCACUUCAGUCUGCUGCAGUGUCCGAUUCCGUCUGGGAAAAAUUUCUGCCCUCUGAUUUGCAGUCCAUCAUUGCUACAUCACUGAGUCCCAUCCCCCAUUUUCCUUUAAAGAAGGAUCUCUAUGUUUAUCUCUGCCAUUAUCCCAUCUUAAUUGAUGCAGGUCUCAAGAGCUUCUCACUGGAAAAAUGGACCGGAAAGAAAUGUUACUUUCUAGGUGCAAGGGAUCUUAAUCUUCCAUGGAGUGAUGUAGCACAAUAUUGGAAUUGGAUUUCACGACCUGACUCCAGGUUUCCAGAGGUGGCUAAGCUCAACCAAGUUUGGGUUCUUGAUAUUCAAGGCACAAUACGUGCAGGGGUUCUAUCACCACAGACAUCCUACUCCGCUUACCUUGUUUACAAGUUUGAAGAUGUAUAUGGGUUUUAUCAUCGACCCUUGGUUGUUUCAGUUGGAGUUUCUGGCUUUCAGUUGGACCAACGAAUAACAUUUAUGUCGCCGGUGGAGCGUAGACCUCAACAAUAUUAUCACAUUGAGGAUGGCAAUUGGGAGUCGGUGUAUCUGCCCUCUUAUCCACAACAACUACUGCAUUGGCAGCGGCGGCAUAUGCAGGGGAAUGAUGCUAGUCUCAUGCAAUCUUUUGUUCAACAUCCUAAACUUAGAGAUGAUGGUUGGCUUGAGGUAGAAUUGGGAAGAAGAAUAUUACAGAAGGGACUUCAACAAAAGUAAAACAGUUUGCUCAUGCCUCUAGGUGAUCAAUUCAUCCUCGAAGAUUCAGUACCAUAAAGGCUGCGUUGAAGAGCUGGUACUAUUUUUUUUGCUUGCAUAUUGAAUAGCCACCGGUUUUUACCUGUUUGCUGAGUAAAACAUAUGCAAUUUCUCCUGCAUCCUAGUUUGCUGGCAUUAACUUUCCUCUUUGACGAACAAUGUUUUGUGCCCAAGGCUUUCUAUCUUAACCUACAACAGUUUAGGAAUAUCAAUCCUGUAAAUUUCAACAUCAUUCACUUUCUUAAUGGAUCUUUUAGAGGUUGAGAAAAUCAACAAGAUUUCUCCAUCCAAUUCAGCUAAAAUUUCCUUCAAUUGUCUUGAAAUAAAAGAAGGAACAGCUCUGCUUGAGCUGAUCUCAGUGACGCUAAGGCUAGAAUCAAUUUCUUCAAUAACUGCAAGGGUUCCCUGCAAACUCAAUGCAUAGAGUUUCCCAUUAAAUCCGAUGGCAUUUAUGAAAUGGAAAUGUUCACCCGAGCCAAAAGGAUCAGUGACAUUACAGUCUUGUUUUGUCCCCACACAUUUUUUUCUGACCCCCAUCUUACCGAACACAAAAGCUGGAGAAAAAGCUCAUGUUAGAACCAUAAUUAUACAGGUUUUCCCAUAAUCUUUGAUACCUAUGGGAUGAAAUGUAAAUAAAGUUGCAAACUUGAAUGGAAUGCGGGUGUCCCAACUUGGAAGUUUACACUAAGUCUCUAUAGGAUUUCGAAAAAAAAAUGUCUUCUGGGUAGCAUUUAAGUGCUAUUAGUGCACCAUGGGAAUGACCAAGGGUCCAACCAUGUUAGCCAUCUUCUAUUAUAAGGCCAUUAGCAUCCCCUAUGAAACCAGAUAUGGAAGCAGCCUUGUUUUGUUGCAAACUUGAAUGGAAUGAUUCUUGUUUUGUUGAAUUUCAGUGAGUUGUUGGCAUAGGAACUUCCCUAUUGGGCUACUAGUUUUGACUUUGCUGAUCUCCAUCACUUGGUC